ACAGCUUUGAUUUUAUAUAUCACACAGGGCAAGCCUCCCCAGAUAGACAAACUGAAGCACAGCUUGGUUUUUGGUGCGCCGGGUCUGACACACCCGAAAAUGUUAUGUGUGUCGGCUGAUCUGGGGUGACAUGGAAUGAGGACCCCUGAUGAAAUUGUAACACAUGAAACAAGCGAACUUCAGCCUGGCCGCUUGUCAGGUUCUCAGAAGGACUGAGUCCUGACACCUCAGGAUCCAUUUAUAGAAGGAAAAAGAUUCAGUGGAAGUUCAGUUUGGACUUUGGUCUUUGACCUGUGCCUCACCUGUUGGAUUUUGUACAUUUACUUGAAGCACCACGGAUCCACACACCUAUAAGAGAACAGAACAUACAACCUGUGGUGUUGUUGGACUUUUGGUAACAUCAGAGGCUAGCUGCCAUGGUCCAGCUCACAGUCACCCCUGAAAGAUCACUUGCUGACUUGCCAGUGUGGAUCCGAGCCUCUGGCCUGAACCCCUCCCAGACAGUGACCCUGCAUUCAUCAUUAAUAGACGAGAAGGGAGUGAAGUUUGAAGCAAGAGCCUUCUACCAAGCAAAUGAGGCUGGAGAAGUGGAUGUGAAAGAGGCAUCUGCUUUGGGCGGAGACUACACAGGCGUGUGUCCCAUGGGCCUUUUUUGGUCCCUGAAGCCAGAGAAGAUGUUCCACAGAUUGAUUAAACGUGAUGUCAUAGGAAGCCCCUUCCAUGUCCAGAUCAAUCUUUUUGAUUCUUUCGUUCUCAUGCCUUCAGCAAAGGAUACACCGCUGGCUACUUGCUCUAUUGAGAGGUGGUAUGUAACCCCUGGAGUGGAACGGUUCCAAAUAAAAAAAGGGCAAGUCCGGGGAGCCCUUUUCUUGCCUCCAGGACCUGGCCCAUUUCCAGGGGUGAUUGACAUGUUUGGUGGUGGUGGAGGGCUUAUUGAGUUCCGAGCUGGCCUACUGGCCAGUAAAGGCUUCGCUGUUUUGGCUCUGGCUUACUUUGCAUAUGAGGACCUGCCACGGACCUUGGUGGAAGUGAACCUGGAGUAUUUUGAAGAAGUCACCAGGUUGCUCUUAAAACACCCUAAGGUGAGAGGCCCAGGACUUGGGGUCAUUGGACUGUCCAAAGGAUCUGAGAUUGCACUGGCCAUGGCUUCCUUCUUAGAGCAAAUCGUCAUUGCAAUCUGUAUCAAUGGUCCCACAACAGUGAAUGGAGCACCGCUUCGGUUUCAGGAUAUCUAUAUCCCUGCUGUCCCCUACUACCCAGAGAAGAUUCUCAUAAACAGCAUGGGAGCAAUACAUAACUGCCGUAUCAUCGGAGAUCCUCAGGAUGAGGCGAAUCAAGCCUCUGUCAUCCCUUUGGAAAAGGCCCAGGGGCAAGUGCUGUUUGUGGUGGGAGAAGAUGACCACACCUUCAACAGCAAGUUGUUUGCAGAGCUGGCCAUUGCCAGAGCAAAGAAGUAUGGGAAAAAUAAUUGUACUUUGUUGUCUUAUCCAGGGGCUGGACACCUCAUAGAACCUCCUGCUUCCCCUUUGUGCAUCUGCUCUUGGAUGCCUGGUUCUCCCAAACCUACACAAUGGGGAGGUAAAAUGGAGCUUCAUGCCAAAGCCCAAGAGCACUCCUGGAAGGAAAUCCAGAAGGUGCUAGAGCUUCAUCUUGGUCCAGCUGGAAGCAGCAAUGUGUGAUGUUAGGAGGGAAAGCUAGCUAGGUGCAGCAUCCCCCCCCAAUUAAUCUAAUAAAAAUAUAUAAAUCAAGUAAAGAUCAUCAAUGUGUACAGGUCUGCUUCCAGAUGCACAUGAUUCUUUAUGCAGCUCACACUGCUACUGUGAAUAAAGAGGCAUUCGCAGUGCAACAGAGCAUCCACAUAAAGUUUACCUUGUAUUUUCCUUGUCUCAUCUUUCUCUGGGAGCUACUUUCCCCGCAUCACUGAAAGGUGCUGGGGGCAUCAUUAAUAGCAUUGCUAUACCAUUAUAACAAUCUAAUUACUACAUUAACCCUGCUUUCAAUCUAUUACAACAAUAAUCCAGCAGAAUUAUAAGGAGAAAUGUGCAGUCAGUAACUUCCCCUUAUAAUUCCACAAUUCAAAGGGCCACAUACUGAAAGAAAGAAAGAAAGAAAGAAAGAAAGAAAGAAAGAAAGAAAGAAAGAAAAAGAGAAAGAAAGAAAGAAAGAAAGAAAGAAAGAAAGAAAGAAAGAAAGAAAGAAAGAAAGAAAGAAAGAAAGAAAAGAAAGAAAGAAGAUUUUUUUUAUAAAGCUAAGAGUUCCAGUCACAGAAUUCUCUGGUUUGCCCUCAGCCUUUCUGAUCUUUAGCUGGGGUGUUGAUGGCUAUGACUAGCAAAGUAAUAGCAGAAUUCCUUGUCUGAAGAAUGAGGUAGUUUCUCUAUUUAACAAAUAGGAAGAAAGAUGCAAAAACUGCUUUGAAAGGUUAUCCUAAUGGCUAAGCUUACACCAGACACUGAAAGAAAAUUAUCAUUAUCAAUGACAUCAUCACCAAUUUAUAUUUCUCUCUGACAAGUAGCCCUCUCUUCUGUACCUUAUACCAAAUCACAGAAUUGGUCCCUCAAGUACAGUAUUGUUUCUUCAGUCUGGCAGCUGCUCUCCAGGGUCUCAGACAGAGGUCUUUCACAUCACUUCCUACAUCAGGGGUGGGCAAUUGUUUUGGCUUGGGGGCCACUUUGUGGGAGCGGAGGUUAGCGGAGGGCCGCACCUUUUAAAAUGAUUGCAUUCAUUAGUUAACUUUGCAUUUCAGAAAAGGUAUAAAUUGUAUCAUAAAAAUCAAUAAAUAUAAAUUAAAUAA